AGAGAGAGUGGGGAGAGAGAGAGAGAGAGAGCAGGUAUUUCAUUUGGAUUAAGCUAAUUUUGCAGCAAGCUCUGGGGGCAAAACCUCUUUCAGCAGUCAGACUGAGAGUUCCCAACUGACAGAGUGAGAGUUCUUCACUGUGCAGAGCCAGCAGCUACUUGAGGAAAGUUUGGUCGCACACGUGCAACCAUGUCCCACAGGUCUGCUGCCGGUUCAGAUGCCUCUGGUAAAGGCAGGGGCUCCUCAAGAAAUGGUUUGGAGAGGAGCGUCCCGCACAAGAAUCUGAAUGGCCUGGCUCCUCCGGAGAAAGUUGAGCUGAAGAAGAAAGUAACCCUGUUGAGAGGAAUCUCGAUCAUUAUUGGGACCAUUAUCGGAGCCGGGAUUUUCGUCUCGCCCAAAGGAAUUCUAAAACACUCAGGCAGCGUGGGAAUGUCCCUGGUCGUUUGGUCUGCCUGCGGAGUCCUGUCCCUGUUUGGAGCCUUGUCUUAUGCAGAACUUGGAACAUGUAUUAAGAAAUCUGGUGGUCAUUACACCUAUGUGCUUGAAGCCUUUGGUCCACGAAUGGCAUUUAUGAUGGUGUGGACAGAUAUAAUUGCAAUAAGACCUGCUGCUACAGCAGUCAUAUCCCUGGCGUUCGGACGCUACAUUUUGGAGCCAAUAUUCAUGCCAUGCCAUGUGCCCGAGGUCGCAGGGAAACUAAUCACGGCCGUCGGAAUAACCAUGGUUAUGUCCUUGAACAGCAUGAGCGUGAGCUGGACUGCACGGAUCCAGGUCUUUCUGACCAUCAGUAAGCUAACAGCUAUCACCCUCAUAAUUGUACCUGGGAUGGUCCAGCUCUUCAAAGGUGAAACUCAAAACUUUGAAAAUGCCUUCAGUCUUGACAGUAUUAAGAUUACAAGUCUUCCCCUCGCCUUUUACUCUGGAAUGUAUGCCUAUGCUGGAUGGUUUUAUCUGAAUUUUGUAAUUGAAGAAGUGGACAAUCCAAAAAGGACUGUUCCUCUGGCCAUAUGCAUCUCCAUGACUAUUGUCACCUUCGGCUAUGUGCUGACUAAUGUGGCCUAUUACACUGUAAUGUCAGCAGAGGAGCUGCUUGCUUCAGAAGCAGUUGCUGUGACCUUUGCGGAUAAAAUAAUGGGAAACUUUUCAAUGGCGGUCCCAAUAUUUGUGGGCUUAUCCUGCCUUGGCUCACUGAACGGUGGCCUGUUUGCUGUUUCCAGGGCAUUUCACGUGGCCUCACGGGAAGGUCAUCUUCCCGAAAUCCUCUCCAUGAUCCACAUCCGUCGACACACGCCCCUUCCCGCCGUAUUUGUCCUGUAUCCAAUCACAAUUAUAGUACUGUUCUUAGGGGACAUCUACAGCCUGCUGAACUUCCUGAGCUUUGUGCGCUGGCUCAACAUUGGAAUCGCAGUUUCCGGGCUCAUUUAUCUGCGCUACACACGUCCUAAAAUGCACCGUCCCUUUAAGGUUCCUCUGUUCAUGCCAGUCGUCUUCUCCUUCACCUGCUUCUUCAUGGUCUUUCUUUCGCUAUAUUCGGACCCAUUUAACACUGGCAUUGGGUUUGUCAUCUUCUUGACUGGCAUUCCAGCGUACUACAUCUUCAUUGAGUUCAAUGCGAAGCCCAAAUGGCUACAGAAAUUCUUUGCUUCAAUGAGCAGGUCCUUGCAAAUCCUCCUGGAGGUUGUCCCACCUGAACACUGAAGACUGUCAUGAGCAGCAGUGAAUUUGGUUAAACAAUACAAAGUAGUUUUGUUGUUUGACCGAUGGUCAUAGUGCACGUCAGAAUAACAUUGUUUGCUUGUAUAUUUAGAACUCAGAUAAGAUCUAAUGGUGUGACACAUCUUAUUUGACAUCAGUGACAAGAGCGAUUAAUGUUUCUGAAUUUGAACUGUGGUGUGUGGUGAUAAGGGAACAAUUCACUGAAACUUUUUUCAUAAAAAGAGGCUUUUACAAGUAGAAUUUUGAAAGAGUUUGUCAGAGUGCAUUUUAUUUUUCAAGCAUGCACUUGAAUAAACCUUGCUUUACAUUUGCAGAAAACACUUAAUUGGAUUCCCCAAAUGAAGGAUAUGUCAGAUUUCCUUGCACUGAUUAUAUUGUGUUUACAUAUUUAGGGAAAAUGUAGAUGUUGCGAAUUUAUUGUAUAUAUUUUUGUUGUCCUUCGAUAUGGCAAAUAAAGAAAAUGAACAGAAACUGUGA